CUCGAAGGGAGGGGUUCGAGGGGCAGAAAGAACCAGUCGGCCGGCUGGGUGGGCGUCUCUCCUUCCCUCUUCCAGGUUUCAAGCCAUUAUGAUUUGAAAGAUCGCUGUAACUUUUCCUGAAUUGGCAGUCAUGAACACCAGUGACUUUGUGGUACUCCCUGGUUCAAAAACUGGAAUGUCUGUAAAACUGAAAGCAAAAAGCGUACGAGAACUGCAGUUGGAGAAGGUUCAGCUGGAGCUUGAAAAUAAGGAGAUGGAGAAGAAACUGCAGCAGCUGCAAUCAAACAUGAGCAGAGAAAAACAAGAGAGAGAACGAGCAAAUGGAUAUCGGUGGAAGUCAGGUCAUGUUGGCCUGGGCACACCGCCCCAACUAUUGUUACAAAACAAAGAAAAUGUUGGCAAGGUUUCUUCAGGCAAAGUAAAACUGAGAAUACUCAAAGAACAAGUUCAAGCUCCAGAGCCAGAGAAACAGCCUCCUGCAUAUAAAGUAGCAAAAGAUGCAGCCACUGAAAAGCCUAAAGUUAAGGGAAAGGCAUGUGGCCAGUGUGAGGCAAAGACUGCAUUGUUGGUGUGCUUAGAGUGUGGAGAAGACUACUGUCCUAGCUGCUUUGCCAAAGUGCACCAGAAGGGGGCACUGAAGCUCCACAGAACAACUUCAUUGCAGGCAAAAGCACGUGUCUCAAUAGGGAAACUGGAAGCUGCACAACAGUUCCUGCAAACAAUAAAUCCUGGGGAAUUUAAUGGCUGUAUAAAUACUGUACAGAAGAAGGAAGUUAAUAAUACUUCAGAAGAUACAUUAGACCUUCCUUCACCUUUACCCAAAAUGCCAACAUACAAUAUUGAGGAAGCUUCUGUGGAACUACCUACAGAGGUUAGGUCUGAGAGCUGCCAUGGCGGGUCUUUAUUGCAUGGUACUUUUGAUGAAGAAGAAUCUUCAAGGUAUUUUCAGGAAGCUCUAAAUCAGUGGAGGAAUGGAAAUUGCUCUCAAAAAUCUAAGGAAGUACGCUCUUGUCAGGUUGGAUCAGAAAAUUCAGGUACUUGUCAAGUGCAGACAAGCCCACCAGUUGUGAAAAAAAGCACUGAAAUUGAAUUCAAAGAAGAUAGCUUGAAAUAUAUGGAAAGAUUAUUGAUUAAGAAACAUAGAAGGACUCCAGUUGAUAAAUUGCCAGAUAACGUUAUAGCCAGUGAACUGAAGCUCGAAAAAUCAGCAGUGAACGAAACUCAUGACACUUGUGUUGGGGAAGAGGAGGAAGAUGAAGAUGAAGAUGACAUAGCGAUUGCUCAUUUUGCAGCGGAAGAAAUGAAAAAAUACUGGACAGAUAUUUUUCGACAAGGCGAGCCCGAGGCAGUACUUGUAAACUCUGAGCCCUCUCUGAAAAUCAAGAUCCUUGAAGAUGCUUGCAAAGAAGUACCGGAAGAAUCUACUAAAUUUGUGGUGAUGGAAGCUGGAUCUGAUGAGUUGACUGAUUAUAGUGGUACCAUGUCAAAAAAUCAGAAAACUGAACCAGACAUUUUUCUGGCACGAGCUGGCAAUAUUUCCACAAGGUCACCUCUUCCUUCUGCAGUCAACAAAGAAAAGUGUUUAACUUUUCCUCAUAAUAAACAUGAAGAAACUCCUAAAGCAAGAGCUUCUUCACAGCCCGAAAGUGCUGACGCUGCUCCUGGUUGUUCCAGUGCAGAAGAAAUGGUUCCCAGAACCCCUUAUAAGCAACUAAUGACAAAAGAAAAAAGUGCUAAAACGAAAAAGAAUAGCUGUCAUCUGUCAUCUGAGCCGACUUCUACUCCUUCCAGAUUACUUCCUAGUGAACCUUUCCCAGUGGUGGACUUGUCUGAAGACUGCAAGAUUUUCCUGGAGCUGAAUGAAGUUUCACCAGUCACUACCAAAUCUUCUGUGGUAGCCCUACGCGAGAGACCUAUUCAUAACCCGUAUAGAGGACUUGAGGGAUUCUUUACAAUGGAUACAAGCUGUCAGCAAGUUGUGAUGGACUCACGUCCUUUAGUCAGUCCAGGAAGACAACCUCCAAGCAACAGCAUUUCGUUUUCAGGGUCUGAGCAGUGGAUGAGACACAUUAGCUUAAGUGAAUGCGCUGAUGAGUCCGUAGUGCAAGAUGUCUUGAAAAUGGAGCUCAGCAGACCGUCAGGUAGAUCAGGAAGACAAACCCCAAGGCUUCGAGCUUCCCUAUCGUGCUCGUCCACAGAAAAUGCUUCUCCGAGGCCUUUUUCUGCAAAUAUUCCCCUCUGCAGAGCUAUUAAGCGCACUCCUCGUCCUUCUUCAGUCCUUGAGACAGGACACGAAAGCUCAGCUACCUGGCCUUUAUCUCGAGCGGCAUCUGAAAUUUCAGAAAUUGAAGGCAUUGAUAUCACUGAGCGUGAUGAUCCUUUUUUGGAACACAGUACUGAUCAACAAGCCUUAGAAGAUUUAGAAGGCGAAUUGCAAAGUAAUGCAGAUCCUUGGGAAAAAAACAAUGGCUUAAUCUCUGGAGACUUCAACAGACAUUCAAAGAUGACAUGUCAAAAUCUUCCUGAUUUCCAUAACAAUGAAAUAAAAGACUACAGUAAAGGAGAUACUAUAAGAGUUUAUGUUGAAAGCCAUACAGAUGAUGAGGAAGAUCAGAGGGACAAGCAGCAGGUGAUAGACUUGCAUUGAAGAACCUGAUACAAUCUUCUGUUUCAAUCAUAUAAAAUCAUCAGGCUGAGGUGCUUGUCUCAAGUACGGCAGAUCAACUGAGCACAUGAGAAACACAAAUCUCAAAUAAAUGAGGUAUUUGUUGAUACAAACCAACAACAACAAAUGGACAA